UCACCGCCACUCCUUCCAGAAUGCAGGAGUGGAUGGAGUCCGUGAACGUCCCUACCGACGACGGGGAUCGCCCGGGGUCUCCUGCGGGUUCAGGCUUGUCGGCUUCUCAGCGUCGGGCCGAGCUGCGACGGAGAAAGCUGCUCAUGAACUCCGAACAGCGCAUUAACCGGAUCAUGGGCUUUCACAGACCCGGGAGCGGCGCGGAAGAAGAAAGCCAGUCAAAAUCAAAGCAGCUGGACAAUGAUAAACUGAACUCCCUCACUCUUCCUUCAGUUUCAAAGCGAGUAGUGCUGGGUGAUUCUGUUACUACAGGAACAAUUGACCAGCAGGGUGGUGUGGCUGAAGUACAGGGAGACAAACUGGACUCUUUCAUGAAAUCACCUGAAUGCAGUAAUGAUGUCACCAUGGAGCUCCGGCAGCGGAACAGAGGGGAGCUGACAGUGGACACUGUUCAGAGAGGUUCUCGCCAUGGCCUCGAACAGUACCUCUCCAGGUUUGAAGAAGCAAUGAAGCUAAGGAAGCAGCUGAUUAGUGAGAAACCCAGUCAAGAAGAUGGAAGUACAACAGAAGAAUUUGACUCUUUUCGAAUUUUUAGAUUGGUGGGAUGUGCUCUUCUGGCCCUUGGAGUCAGGGCUUUUGUUUGCAAAUAUUUGUCCAUAUUUGCUCCAUUUCUUACUUUGCAACUUGCAUACAUGGGACUAUACAAAUAUUUUCCCAAGGGUGAAAAGAAGAUAAAGACAACAGUACUAACUGCUGCACUUCUGUUAUCUGGAAUUCCUGCUGAAGUGAUAAAUCGAUCUAUGGAUACCUAUAGCAAAAUGGGCGAAGUCUUCACAGAUCUCUGUGUCUACUUUUUCACUUUCAUCUUUUGUCAUGAACUGCUUGAUUAUUGGGGCUCUGAAGUACCUUGAAGCCUGCAGAACUCAGAAGGAGAAGCUUACAAUAAACAAUUCCUGUUCUGUAUUACAGUGUCUCUAAAGGAGGCUGACUGGUUAUACCUUUAUAUAAUUCCUUUACUUUAUAAGGGUUGUAAAAUCGCUUGAUUAGGAAUGGAAUGGCAGGUUCCCUGGUUUAAAAGGGUUGAGUUUAUGUUAGUACUGAUGUGAAACAUAGAGUACCAAUUGUCAUUCAUUGAUUUUUACUUUUUAAUUAGAAGCCGUAAUCUUUACCUUUCCCAUCCCUUCUCAGAUAUGUACAUCCUCUUUGGGGGCUGAGCCAAUGCUUUUAGGAGGACAGCUAAGCAUAGCCUCAGCCAGCCCUAAGAACUACUUCUUGUAUUUGCGUUGUUCUGUCACGAGAAAUGGAGCUAUCUUAAAAAUAAAGA